CAGGGAUGAUGAAUUAUAACUGCGUUACGUUGUCAACAACGCGCACGUGUCAAAUAAUGACUUUUUGAGUUGUGUGUGAUGUUAUCUGGAGUUAACUUACCCAGAGCAGAGUUUGUGUUUAAGUGACGGGGAAGGAGAGAACACCACAUAUAUAAAAUGGCUUCGAAACAGAUUGACGAGUGUGGAUCAACAGAUGCAGAAAUGAAAUGGUAUUUUGAUAAGAAAACAAAACAGAUUGUGUUUGGUGAUGUGUCGGCCAUUGAACCAGAAUCAGAAGAGAUGAAGGGUCCAGAUAGCCUGUUAUACGAGGUAAAGAAGAGACUAGAUGUAGGGCCUCCCCCAGUACAGCUGCUGGACACACUAGACAUAGAUGGUAUAGUCAACUUCAUCAAGGAUGGGAAGUGUAAAAAUAUCAUCACCAUGUCAGGGGCUGGAAUUUCUACAUCGGCAGGCAUCCCUGACUUCAGAUCACCGGUGACUGGGUUGUAUGAUAAUCUAGAGAAAUAUGACCUUCCUUACCCGGAGGCUAUGUUUGACCUUGAAUACUUCCAGAAAAAUCCAGAGCCAUUCUUUUCCCUAGCCAAAGAGUUAUGGCCUGGUAUAUUCAAGCCAACACCUUGCCACUACUUUAUUAAGAUGUUACACAGCAAAGGCCUACUGUUACGACACUAUACACAGAACAUUGACACGCUUGAAAAUCAGGCAGGAUUGGAUCCAGAAAAGUUAGUAGAGGCUCAUGGGAGUUUUCUUACAGCUCAUUGUCUUGUUUGCAAAAAGGAAUACAGCAAGGGGUUCAUGGAAGAUAAAGUGUUAGCUGGAGAGAUACCUAUGUGUGAUAUCCAAGAAUGCACUGGCAUCAUCAAACCAGACAUUGUGUUUUUUGGUGACACGCUACCUAAAAGAUUUGCAGAUUGUGUUGAAGAGGACUUUGGGAAGUGUGACUUGUUGGUAAUUAUGGGUACGUCUCUCGUGGUUCAGCCAUUUGCUUCACUAAGUUAUAGGGUUCCAGCAAACACACCAAGGUUUUAUAUCAACUUGGAGAAAACAGGAACUGAAGGUGGGGAUAUGUUCUCCUUCAUUUUCUUUGGUGGAGGUUUCAAAUUUGAUGACAAAAACAACUACAGAGAUGUGUUUUGGCAAGGAACAUGUAAUGAUGGUUGUUUCACACUUGCCGAAAAACUGGGCUGGAAGGACGAACUCACCAUGAUUGUCCAGAAAGAGCAUGCAAAGAUUGAUAAGGAGAUGUCACUGCUGAAAUCAAAAACCAAAAAUGUCAGAGUUCGGAAAGGAAAGGGCACAGAAAAGAGAUCUGGGAACCUUGGAAAAACAGCAGUACACACUAAUUCUAGGCCUACUAUACCAAAAUCGUCUGAAAAACAGGGAAACAUACCAAUUCUUGACACAUAAUACCAGAGUCUAAUUUGUAAAACAGGAACACACUCCAAUUCUUGACAUGUUAUACCAAAGUGCAAUUUAUAAAACAGGAACACACAUCAAUUCUUGACACAUAAUACCUAAGCCUUAUUUAUAAAACAGGAACACACACCAUUUCUUGACACAUAAUACCUAAGUCUAAUUUAUAAAACAGGAACACACAUCAAUUCUUGACACAUAAUAACUAAGUCUAAUUUAUAAAACAGGAACACACACCAUUUCUUGACACAUAAUACCUAAGUCUUAUUUAUAAAACAGGAACACACACCAUUUCUUGACACAUAAUACCUAAGCCUUAUUUAUAAAACAGGAACACAUGCCAAUUCUAGACACCUGGAUUCAAAACUUCUCUUAAAAAAAUGGGACACAAACAAAUUCUACCAUUUGUUUUCUUCACAAACACAGGUAUCAUCAUACCAAUUCAGGAUUCACCAUAUCAUGGUUUUAUGUAAAAAAAGACCACAGUCACACCAAAUCUAGACACAUAAUACCAUUGUUUUCUUCAGGGACAUGCACCUAUCAAAAAAACAGAUGACACCAAAUUUUCUGUAAAACAAACAGUGGUAGGCAUCACUUCUAGACACAUGAUACCAAAGUCUAAUUUAAAACCAUUGAGACACCGAUUCUAGACGUGAUAUUAAAGUCUACUGUGAAAAACAGGCACAUGAUUUAACUCUAGGCACAAUAACAAUUAUUGUCUUCUGUGAAAAAAAAAGGGGGCACACAGUAAUUCCAGGCUUUAGUUUGGUUUGGUUUGUUUGCGUUUUACGUCCUAUUAACAGCUACGGUCAUUUAAGGACGUGCCAGGUUUU